AUGGAUAUUAUUUUUACAGGAACUCCAACAAAAAGAGAAAUUAUUAUUUAUUUAAAAAACAAAAAGUAUUCUCUUCUAAAUAAGAUAAAGCUAAAAAGAGAUAUUAUUAUUUUCAGUAAAGAAAAAAAAGGGUACUUUUUUUAUACCUUAAAAAAUAAGCUAGAAUAUAAAAGAAUAUGCGAAUUUAAGUUUUACACUUCUAGAGAUGUACAUUUCUUUCUUUUUAAAAAAAAGCAUUUCUUAAGGAAGUUAUUCUUAUUGUUAUUUUAUCAAUCUGUAUUUAGAGUUUGUAAUACUAAUGUUCUAUGUUUGGUUUAUUCUAACAAAAAAUCCGAAAACAUUUGUAGAUGUUUAGAAUUGUUAAUUGUCAAUAGUUUAAUUUUAUGCAAAAUUGAAGCAUCCUGCAUGUUUAAUUUGUUUAUGUUUGAUACGAAAUAUAAAAAUUUAACAAAAACAAAUUCAAUCGAUAUUUUACAUUCAGAUCCUAACUGUAUACUAAAGAAGUAUUUUGAUAGUAAUAUUUAUAAAUCAAAUUUUUUGAUUAAAAAUAAUUCUUGUAAUAUAGUUAGAAGCAUUAAUGAUGGUAUUAAUAAAAAAGAAAAAUUAUUUUUUAAUGACGUUUCUGAUGAAAAUACAAGAAAAAGGAAAAAACCAACUAUAAAUUAUAAAUUGUCUCCUUUACAGAUGAUUGAGUAUGAUUUUUUUGACAAAGAAAUAGAUGAAAAAAAAGAUCUUUCUUUUAUGUCUAAAAAUGUUUCCAAUGUUAGUAAGUUGAGAAAUACUAAUUUAAAAAGAAUAACUGAAACAUGUAAAAAUCCUAAAUUUAUUAACAUUGAUCUUUUAUCCAAAAAAAAUGAUAAUCAGCCUAAAAACGUUGAAUUUACAUUCUCUAAAAUUUCUAAAAAGCAUUCUAGACAUACAAAUGAAAAUAUAGAACCAGUUAAAAGAAUAAAAAACAACAUAAACGAAGUAUUCCCUCUUCAAGAAAUUAAUAAGAAUUUAUCUAAUGUUAAAAAAAUAAACAAGGAUAAUUAUGAUACGUUACUAAAGAAAAAUACAAAACUAAAUGCUGGUUACAAAAACAUUACAGUUAAAUAUAUAGAUAAACUUUUUAUAAAUCACAUUAAAACUGAAAAGAAAAGAGAAAAAAAGAUUAGAAUUCUUGAUGAAGAAAUUGAACCAGAUUAUCAUAACUUAGAUCAACUAUUUCCAAUUAUCAAAAAAAGUAGAUAUCGAAAUAAAAAAGGUAGGAAAAAUAAACACAAGGAGGUUGUUUUUAUACAGAAUGUAGAUUUAAGAUCUUGUAAUUUAGAAGAGAAUUAUUAG